AUGUCGCGCAACGAAGCGGUCUCGCCGCUGCGCAUCAACAAAACGCCGACCGCCUCGCCCGCAAAGGCCACAGCCCGUCCGCUCUCCGAGAUUGCGCCCGGCGAGCACAGGAGGAAUUCUCCAAGCUUCGACCAGACAACAAAGCGCAUCCUUCUCCCCAAGGAAUCCUCGCCCUUUGCCUCCUCGCCUUUCCAGAACAGCCCGCGCCUGUUCUGGAAAGAGCAGACCACCUCCCCACGCGACCGCCUGGAGAACUCGGAGAACAGCUUCAACGAUGAUGCCCAGCAGCCCCUGUCGCCCAAGCGCAGCUCCAUUGAGAACCUCAAGAAGCAGUCGCGUGUCAAGAACAGCAGCAUCUUCGCCCGUGAGCAGAUGCACGCCUACGACCCCACCUCGCUCCAGCCCUUGGACCGCCCCCUGGCUGCCGGUCGCCCCCUGAGCACCUCCAUCCAGGGCAACGCCUUCGCUGGCGCCGGUCUCAACGGCCUGCGCCAGCACCACCCCUCGCCGGACGAGAGCCACCGCCGCGCCGACAAGUCGUCACACGCCCCCACACUGAGCUCCAUCCAGACAUCACCCGCCAAGCUGCCCACACAGUCCACCUUCGCCUCGCCCUUUUCUUCGCCGACAAAAGACCGUCCCUCAUCGUCUGCUGGCCGCGCCUCCCCCACCAAGUCGUCGCUCGUCAACAAUGGCCGCUUCAACUCGCCGCACUACAACCCAGACGCGAGCGUCCUGUCCGACGACGACGACGACGACGACAUGAAGCACCCGACACCGCGCGCACUGCGCCGCCAUGCCAAGAGCGUGACCUUCGACGCCGCUCCACCCACCAUCACAGAGUACGAGCUGGUCACGCCCGACCCUUCAGCAGCCUCAGGCUCGCGCGAGGGCAGCUACGAGGAGACGGACGACGAGGAAGAGAUGAGCUUCGACCAGGACGACAGCUUCGACGCCUCGCUCGAAGACACGGAGAAGACGCCCGUCGUCCUUCCCGAGGACUGGCGCCACGUGAGCCCAGACAACGCAAACACAUCCUUGACCGACCUCUACGACGACGUCUUCGACCAGCGCGAUUCCAGCCCCGCCGCCGGCGCACAGCCCAACGGCGCUCCCACCGGCUCGCCACAGGCCUCACAGCCCUCCGAAGGCUCGCCCAGGCCACUCCCACCUCUUCCUGGCAUGGGCCUGAACCGGCCGGGCUCGAGCGGUGGCGACGCGUCGAGGUCACUACCCCAGCCCCCUCCCGUUUCCGGCUUCUCCAAGGCCGAUCUCCUCAACAGACGCGAAAGCUCCAUGUCUCUGGAAGACCGCCUUCGUCUUAUGAACUUUGAUGGCGACCGCGACACCUCCACCCCGACCCAGGAGAGCCACGACAAGACCGCCGAGGGCGAGGUAGCGGUCCACGUGGAUGAGGUCGACGUCGACGACGACGCAUCGGUCCUUACCGCCGACAACGAGCAGGACCCUUCGAUUCCUCGCAUCUCGCGCGAGUCCAUUCUGCGCAGGGUCAAGAGCCAGAAGUUCGACGACCAGGAAGAGAGCUACGCCUACGAUGCCGAGUCGAGUCCUGAGCGCAGCUACGGCAACCUGGCCGAUCUCGAUCCUGAUGUCCCCAUUCCUUCCCGCGAAUGCUCGUCCAACUUCGACGAGACGGCCCACCAGCCUCAGCCAAUCCCCGAAUCCGAGGCCGACAGCCUUCUCGACGCAUAUCAGCAUGUCGACGGCUCCACCCUCUCUCAGAUCGACGACUACGAUGGCGAGCAGUUUGAUCGCGAGGGCUCAGACGACUCGCAGAGCUCAGUCAUUCGUCAUCCAGUCAAACACGACACGGAUGAGGCCGAGUCGGUGGGAGACGAUGCCAGCAUCAGCCAGUACUCGUCUCAGCCAGACGAGCAGCCAGACGAGCAGCCAGACGAGCAGCCAGACGAGCAGCCAUACGAGGAACCUGCUCAACCGGCUGUACUGUCCACGGCGGAGCACCACGAGGAGCACCACGAGGAGCACCCCGAGGAGCAGCCGACAUCACAAAGCACCAUCGACAGCUCUGGACCACCGACACCUACCGUCGCUCCCGACUCCCCGUCUGCGGCAGAGAAGAAGGCUCGUCAGGAUGAGCUCUUUGCCAACUUUGAUCGCGAGCGAUCCAUGGACUUGAGCCUCGAUCCUCUCAAGGCAUCCUUUACCACCGCACCAAGCCCUCUGGACACGGCUCCCAAGCUCGAGGCUAUGCGCGACUUCCUGCACCGUCCUGCCACGCCUGACGCUGAUGAAGUGGGCGCCGAGGAAGAGUACGCAACAUCAGACGGGGCUGGCAGCCCGGAUUCUGUCGUUCGAAACCCGGUCGUCAUCUCACCGCCCGAGGUAGACUCGGACGUCGAGGUACCCCAGCGCGAGGCGACCAUCCGCGGUACGGGCGGCCACAAGCUUAGGACGCGUCCUUCGCUCAUCCCCGACGAGGUCGACAUGGCAGCUACCCGCCGCCAAGUCAGUGGAACCUACCCUCCCCCGGUCCCUGAGAGAAGCCCGAAGCGCCAGUCGCUCAACUUUGAGAUUGGCCACGUGGAUGAAGACUCUCAGCUGAGCCUUGCCACAAUGGAGAGGCGCAUGCUCGAUCUGGACUUGGGCGACGACAACAACGACCUCAGCUUCGGCCUCGACAACGAGUUUGACAAGAUCAUCGAGUCUCAAAAGAAGGGCUACCUCAUGCGAGAAAACACAAAGGUCGUCGUUGCCAGCAGCCGACAGUUCAGCGACGAAGCCCGUGCUGCAGAAACCGCUGCCACGGCUGACUCCACCACGGGCGAGAAGCUCGCGAAAGCUCCCACUCGCAAGGCCAGCUACGAGCGCAAGAAGGCCUGGACCACCGAGCCGUGGAACGGCAAGGCCCGCCGCAAGAGCCUCCGAACUGCAUCGGGAGCCCGCAAGGCCCGCACCUCUGGUGUCGCUCCUCCGCUUCCCGGCCAGGAAUCUGCUGUUGCUGCUCUCGAUGCCGUCACCGAGCAGGGUGACGAUGAGUUCGAGGACGGCGAGGAGCGCGGUCGUGUAUUCGUCAAGGUGAUUGGUGUCAAGGAUCUCGACCUCCCGCUGCCGAAAACUGAGCGCACAUGGUUCCAGCUGACGCUCGACAACGGUCUGCACUGUGUCACCACCUCAUGGCUGGAGCUGGGUCACUCUGCUCCGAUCGGACAAGAGUUUGAGCUCGUCGUUCUCGACGACCUCGAGUUCCAGCUUACCUUGCAGACCAAGCUUGAGCCGCCAGCGCGUCAACCAGAGGUGUUUACGGCCGCCCCACCGAGGGCUGUCACGAAGAAGACGUCGGGUUCAACAUUCCGCAACCUCCUCUCGUCUCCCAAGAAGCGCAAGGAGCAAGAGCGCCGUGCACAGGAGGAGGCCGACCGUCUUGCUCUUCAACAGCAGCAAGACGCCCAGGCUGCCGCCAAGCGCAACCAAAAGGCCACCGCCUGGGAUCUCCUGCACGACCUUGUCGGCCAGGAUGGUUCCUUCGCGCGCGCCUACGUCUGCCUCAGCAACCACGAGAGCCACGCGUACGGACGUCCUCUGACUGUCGACAUUCCCUGCUUCAACGAGUGGGCUGUCGAUGACAGUGGGGUCAGCAGCGUCAAGAGCAAGCGUGGUGGUGUCGUUCGGCGACCGCCCUACCGCGUCGGCAAGCUUACCGUCCAGCUUCUGUAUGUGCCCAAGCCCAAGAACGCGACCGACGACGACAUGCCCAAGAGCAUGAACGCCUGCGUUCGCGAGCUCAAGGAGGCCGAAGAGGUCAAGGACAAGACCUGGGAGGGUUUCCUGAGCCAACAAGGCGGUGACUGCCCGUACUGGCGCCGCCGCUUUUUCCGCUUGAACGGCACAGUCUUGACGGCUUUCCACGAGACGACACUGCAGCGUCGCGCCACCAUCAACCUCGCAAAGGCCACCAAGUUGCUUGAUGACAAGAGCGCGCUGAAGCAGCCAUCCGCGACCAAGUCUGGAGGCCGCCGCAAAUCGGCAUUCGCAGAAGACGAGGAGGGCUACAUGUUUGUCGAGGAAGGUUUCCGCAUCCGCUUUGCAAACGGCGAGGUCAUUGACUUCUACGCCGACGACCGUGAGAAGAAGGAGGACUGGAUGAAGGUCCUGUCUGAGUGCGUCGGCAAAGACAUUGCCUCUGGCAAGGCCUGGACCCACAUGGUGCUCGAGAAGGAGCGCAAGGACAAGGCGACCAAGCCCAAGUCCAAGGCCGGCGCUCCCAACCCAGGGGGAGACGCGACCCGCCGACCCUCUCACACCCGCACCCAGUCGCACGAGGUCUACAGCAAGUCGACUCCGUCCAGCCCCGUCAAGCCAGCACACGCGCGGACACAAUCGUUCGCGCCCACACCGCCGCCAAAGGAGCGCGACCCUCGCAUGGCGCCCGCGCCAGCACCGCGCCCGAGGCCGCAAACCCAGAUGCAGCCCGACACGGGUAGCAAAGGGCGCAGAGACCAGGUUCGAUCGAUGAUCUUCUAA